GCCGCGACGUCAGCAGCAGGGGGUUGGCCGGACUUCUUUCCAGCGCUGCUUCUCUCCGGAGGCCAGUCGUGGUUAGACCAGCGCGAGAGCCGCACAGUCUACAUGGAGCGCCUUUGACCGAGCGCACGCGAUCAUUUGGUCUCUAAAACUAGGAUACCGCUCACACAUUUGCUGUAGUGCUACAAUGUUGACGACUUUAAAAUAAUUGGAAGUGCUGACAGCCUUUGAAGUGAGGCCAGGAGUGUGAACUGCGCUCGGCCAAACCGACUCCUCCUCGUCCCCACCAGCCACCUUCAAAGUGACAGGAAGCCCAUGAGACAAGGGCUCAGGAAAACAGCCACAUAGUGGGAGCUUAAGGAAGACCUGCCAAAGGAAAUAAUUCGGUCUUGUAAAUCUCUAGAGGAAGUAAUUCCACUUUUCAGGACCGUAACAUGGGGAACCAGUUGACAGAAAUUGCCCCCAGCCUCCCCGGCUUUCAGUCUUUCCAUGUCGUGGUGAUCGGUUUGGACUCGGCAGGUAAAACAUCCCUCCUCUACAGACUCAAGCUGCGGGAGUUUGUCGAGACGAUCCCCACCAAAGGCUUCAACAUGGAGCGGAUAAAAGUGCCCAUGGGGAACUCCAAAACCAACACCACUGCAUUCCAGGUGUGGGAUGUGGGCGGUCAGGAGAAACUGAGGCCCCUCUGGAAGUCGUACACCAGGCGGACGGACGGGCUGGUGUUCGUGGUGGACGCAGCCGAGGCAGAUCGCAUGGAGGAGGCCAAGGCGGAGCUCCACCGGAUCACCCGGUCGGCUGAAAACCAAGGGGUGCCCGUGCUGGUUCUGGCAAACAAACAGGACCUGGAUAGAGCUGUGUCUGCUUCAGAGGUGGAGAAGGUUCUGGCUCUCCAGGAGCUGAGCCCGUCCUCACUGCACCACACACAGGGCUGCUCGGCGCUGGAUGGUCAGGGUCUGCAGCCCGGCCUGGAGAAGCUCUACGAGAUGAUCCUGAAGAGGAAGAAGAUGCCCCGACACAGCAAGAAGAAGAGAUGAGGCAGAGGAUUGAUGGAGGUUUACCUUUUGAAACUCUGCUUGUCUGAGGACCUUCCUCAGCAGCAACAUCUGACACUUUUGGGACUUCAGUGGGUGAAACUAGAAGGAAGCCCGUACUUCAGACAAGUUGGGAUGACUUCAACCAACUUCACACUUUGGCUCUCACGUCUGUUCCACAUGUUCCUUCACCCGCCAGACAUUUGGCCAGAUCUGCUUUCUUUGGGAUCGCGUCUGCUCUCGAGCCCUCUCCCGUCUCCUCGUGUCCCAUCCCCCAAUCCUCAAAGGAGCAUAGCAGAAAGAAUUACAGCUCCAGAGGAAAACCUGUGCAAUACAUGACGAACGCUCACUCCAAUAGUGAAGGAUAUUUUCUACCACUACAAACUA